AUGAAAGCCGCUGAAUCAGAUUACAUGCAGAAGCAUGGAGCGCCUAUGAAGGGAAUCGUGGCAUUUUUUGAUAAUCUUGGAAGCAACGGUGAUACAUUUCAGGCUUGGCUAUCUCUGUUGCCUGAUAGCGAGUAUUCAUCGGUUGUUUGUGGAGCUUUCAAACUAGUAAUUACAGUCAGUAUAGAAUCAGUAUAUUCCUUUCCUCGGGUACUAAAAUCCCUUCAGUCGUGCGUUAGGAUGAAGAACAUCCGAGUCUUGAUUCUCUCGAGUCUUGGGAAAAUCCCAGCCGCUCUUGAAACCGCUCGACAGUAUUUGGAAAUGGAAAAUCUUUACAAGUCAUUAGAAUUGCACAUUGAAUUUUCAAGACUGUACAAAUCGAUUCUCGUUGCGUUUCGGCACAUGCUUGAGUGGCUUUCCGAGAAUUCGUUCAAGAAGGGUGCCCAGGUUUUCUGCAAACAGGGAGAAUACAAGAAGAUUCUUGAGGAAAAGAUAGAAAUUAUUUAUGAAAGAGUACGCGAUGUUAGGCAACAAGCGAAAAUUUGUUCACAGUAUAUGAUCGGGAGUAUACACCGGAACCUUUCGAAACGUGAGUGGUAUCUUCAUUCUUACGGCGGAAAUGGCUGCUAAUUGAGAAAAGAAACGGUGCAUCUGCAAGGGGUGAAAGUAACAAUCGAGGGUAUGAAGUUUGAUGUAGGCAAAAUGGGAGAAGAGUUGAGCAAGGGUCAAGCCAGGAUUGAAGAUAGACUGAACGCUUUCUUUGUCAUGUUCCAAGACCGUGAGCCACCCUGGAAAGACUUGGGACCGAGCAGGGAAUGGAAAAUACUGACCUCAAAUAGAAAUGCGAGAUCUCAAUUCUAUGGGCACUAAGAAGCUUGGAAAUGAGGACAAUGGUAAAGUACCCUUUCAGAGACAUGUAUCAUAAUUAACCUCUUUGUCAGUUGGGAUCUUGACGACGCGAAAACUGUUGAAGUCUCUCGGUGGCAAAUCUAAGCUCGUCCAAGCUGAUAUCUCCAAGGCCAUUUCUCACGGCCAAGCCGCAAGCAGGACUUUUCAACAGAAAGCCCGAAGCUUGAUGCAAAACUCCCGACUCAAAACCUGGCUCACAAGCCCAGAAUCCAGCACGCUACUGGUGAAUGGAAACGGUAUCAGAGAAAAAAUAUCGUCUUUAUCACUCACCUGUGGUAUGCUAGCAAAAUCACCCGAAUCAUUCGAAGGCAGCAUAUCUUUGUCGUACUUUUGCGGUAUGCAUAGUGGGGUGGAAGAAAUUGAAGGUGUGCAGAACAUGCUGGCCCAACUUACACAUCAACUUCUGAGCUCGUUUGCUCACUUUGACCUCAAUUUCGUGAAGGUUCGACAUACGCCGAGCGAUAUCAAAUCACAAAAUCUAGAUGUGCUUUGCCAUAUUUUCAGCGGGCUCGUACACCAACUUCCGGAAGACCGAAUUACAUUCUGCAUGAUUGAUGGUAUCACAUUCUACGAAUACGGAAAAUAUAAUCCCGCUUAUCGUGAGGUUAUUUCCAUGUUGGUGGAUUUAACAGAGAAUUGUAGUACUGUGUUCAAGUUGUUAAUCACUAGCUCCACCAAAUCUAUAUCCAUUGAAAACUUGAUUGACAAAAAGGACAUUCUCAAUUUGAAGGCCGGUGGGAACUACAGCGACAGGGGACUGAGCAUUCGCAAAGCGCUGGAAGGGAAUUCUAGAAGUAUGGAGAAUCUCUCAACUGAGAGGCUGGCCAAGAAAAAGCAAAGAGACACAUGGACGGAAUCAAGUAGUGGGGGGGAACAAAGCGACACAAGUAGUAGUGAUAGCUCUACCGAUGAAUAG